CCCAAAGUUACUUGGGCAAGAGAGCAAGAGCUAAAAAAAAAUGUAAACCUAGCCAUUUGGUCAUCUGCAAAGGUCGGCUGCGUGCGACGCAGCGUUUUAACGUUUUCCAUUUUUAUUUUAUUUUAUAAGAUCGUACGGCGAUUAAUAGUUUUAAUCCGACGGCAAUAUAUAUACGAAGCUAAAGCCUAAAGAAUCACAUUAGUGUAAACUGUAAACCAAAGCUUUGCCAAGUGUUCAGUGUUCUUGAUCAAAAAUUUUGUAUAAGAUCUAAUCAAACAAAUGGCUACUAUCACUGUUGUGAAAGCUAGGCAGAUCUUUGAUAGCCGUGGAAACCCUACCGUCGAGGUCGAUGUCCACACAUCCACCGGCGUUAAGGUCAGAGCUGCUGUUCCUAGUGGAGCUUCCACUGGAAUAUACGAGGCUCUUGAGCUGAGGGAUGGAGGAUCAGACUAUCUUGGAAAAGGUGUCUCAAAGGCUGUUGGAAAUGUUAACUCAAUCAUUGGCCCGGCAUUGAUUGGCAAGGACCCAACUCAGCAGACUGCUAUUGACAACUACAUGGUUCACGAACUUGAUGGUACCCAAAACGAGUGGGGAUGGUGCAAGCAAAAGCUUGGCGCCAAUGCAAUUCUUGCUGUUUCUCUCGCCGUCUGCAAGGCUGGCGCUGUUGUCAAUGGAGUUCCUCUCUACAAGCACAUUGCCAAUCUUGCUGGUAAUCCAAAGAUUGUGCUGCCAGUUCCUGCCUUCAAUGUCAUCAACGGUGGAUCCCAUGCAGGAAACAAGCUUGCAAUGCAGGAGUUCAUGAUUCUCCCUGUUGGAGCUUCAUCCUUCAAAGAAGCCAUGAAAAUGGGUGUGGAAGUCUACCACAACUUAAAGUCUGUGAUUAAGAAGAAGUACGGCCAGGAUGCAACAAACGUUGGUGAUGAAGGUGGCUUUGCACCAAACAUUCAGGAGAACAAGGAAGGUCUCGAACUGCUCAAGACUGCCAUCGAGAAGGCUGGAUACACUGGCAAGGUUGUCAUUGGAAUGGAUGUUGCUGCAUCUGAGUUCUACUCAUCAGACAAGAAAUACGACUUGAACUUCAAAGAAGAGAACAAUGAUGGUUCUCAGAAGAUUUCUGGAGAUGCUCUAAAGGACCUGUACAAGUCAUUCGUUUCAGAGUACCCAAUUGUGUCCAUUGAAGACCCAUUUGACCAAGACGAUUGGGAGCACUAUGCUAAAAUGACCGCUGAGUGUGGCGAGAAAGUUCAAAUUGUCGGUGAUGAUCUCUUAGUCACCAACCCCAAGAGGGUUGAGAAGGCAAUUAAGGAAAAGUCUUGCAAUGCUCUUCUUUUGAAGGUUAACCAAAUUGGAUCUGUAACCGAGAGUAUCGAGGCAGUUAAGAUGUCAAAGAGAGCUGGUUGGGGAGUAAUGGCCAGUCAUCGUAGUGGAGAGACCGAGGACACCUUUAUUGCUGACUUAUCUGUCGGUUUGUCAACCGGGCAAAUCAAGACCGGAGCUCCUUGCAGAUCAGAGCGUCUUGCCAAAUACAACCAGUUAUUGCGAAUUGAAGAAGAGCUUGGAGCAGAGGCAGUGUAUGCAGGAGCCAACUUCCGCAAACCCGUCGAGCCAUACUAGAGAGACAGAGACUCAAAACAAAUCUGAGAGUUUAAUUGAUACUGUACUUGAGGUUUUUAAAAAGGCUAAAUAAAGGAUUUGUGUCUCAGCUGAAAUGGUUUGGUUCUACUUUCUGGUAGAGAAGCCUGAACAAGAAGACUGUUGGAUUUCAUGUGAGUUCUGCCUUUUCAAAAGACAGUAGCCUUACUUUAUAUUAAUGUUAGAGCUUUUGUUUUGUUAUCUCGUGUUUCUUUACGAGAUUCACAAGGUCACAUGUCUCUUUGAUAUAUAUUACACAAUCUAACGUAAA